AGACCGAAAUGUGGAAAUGGAAAGUAAUCUUACUGUUUCUUGCGGAAAUGUUUGUCUCUGGUGUUAAUGGAGAUUGUGCAUGUUAUGAAGCUAACAACGUUACCGGAAAAUCUGCUCCAAUUAGUAAUUCUUACAUGACGGAGGAUUUUUCGCCGUGUUAUCUUCCUUGUUCCUACGUUGCAUACAGUGGAGAUGAAACUUAUGGAUGGACGGGCCUCGUUCUCAACUGGAAGACCACAACUAACUCUGGGGGAAUUAUUCAAAUUUUUGAUGGACCAAGUGCAACAGGAACUCCAAUUAUUCAAGUUGCUGAAGGUGAAACUAUUGCAGCUGGAAUUGGUAAAAGUCUCAUUAAAAGUUCUCUUCCAGUCAUUACCAUUAAAUAUUCUCAAACAGGAUCUGGAGCAAGUAUGUUUAUUUUGAAUAUCAACAAUGGAACAUUUGUUACAAAUGUUUACUACGGAUCUAUUUCAACUGCUGCUGGCCUUGCACCAAUCGCGGUUUCAACAACAACAACCGCUAUGCCAACUACCAGAAGUUACAGUAAUCCAAACUUUGCUUACGAUCCAUAUUUUAUAACUCAUGAUAUUUUUGUUGUGAUCAAUCAGAGAACCAGUGGUGGAAUGGCUGCAUUAACUAGUCUCAAUGCCUUAGCGAUCAAUUUUGUCACCUUGCUCUCAACCACUACGGACAUUAAUAGUGUCAGCAGCUCACGACUUUCAUUAGCAACACUUACUCCAUAUGAUCCAUAUUAUUCUGUUCAAGGAGGUAUUUGGGAACUGAGCGCAACAGAUGUGUUAAAUAACGUGCCACGUAGUGGUGUCACAAUUGAAGGAGAUAUCGACUCUGCUCUCAUAGGUCUUGCAGAUCUAGCAUUCACAGUCAAUAAAAAUGCUUCAACUGAUACCAGGAACAAUGUCCAACGAUCCGUAGUCUUGUUGACAGCUGAGUGGCCGUCCAAUGCUUUAUUGGGAGACAAUGUUGCCUCUAAAUUUACUGAGCUCGGAUUGAACCUGUUAGUUGUUGGAUACAACUUGACGGAUGCUGAAACAAGUCAACUUCUGAGAACUGAUCGAUGGUACAAUGCAAUCAACAGCUCGGAUUCCAAAAUUACAAACGUUGCUGCCUUCGUGAACCCAUUCUAUUUUAACAAUGGUGCAAAUAAUUUCUGGUGUCCACCUUUUGGCAUCACAAACAGUGUUGAUGGCACAUAUUCGUGGUUCCAAGAGCCAUACAACUAUACUGGACCACAUGGCAUCAAUGGAGUCUGGACAGAUCCGUUUGAUGGACAGACCGGAAGAUACUGCAACUUUGCUAACAACCAAUAUGUCUACCAAAACAAUGCUGGCGGAAGUGUGAAAGUUCAAGUCUACUUUGAAUUAGAGGCAGGGAAAGACUUCUUGAACUUCUAUGAUGCUUCAAACAACUUGAUUGCCAGUUUCACUGGAUACGAAAUUGCUGGAAGCUCCUUCUUCACGUCAACAACAACUCUCACGGCGCGUUUCACAUCGGACAAUAAAUCAAUUUUCCGUGGAUUCUGGGUAUCAAUCACUCCACAGCCUUGAACGUUUUGUUGAUAACUAUUUUUCGUUCUCAUUGAAGUUUAUUCAAAUUUUGGCUACAUUUGUUUUUUUAUCAGUUGUAAUGAGACUGCAUUUGACACAAAUAACAUUUAAGCAAUAUCGGAUUGAAGUUUUGUUCAAACUAUGUGAAAGGUUAAAAAUAAUUCAAUGAAACAAAAUUUAUACAA